AUGUCGCACCAUAGCAGCAGUAGCGACAGUGACAUGUCGGAAUGCAAAAUGACGAUGAUGUUCAACACCUACACCAUCGACGCCUGCUUCCUGACCGAGGACUGGCACAUCACCAACAACGGCAUGUUCGCCGCGACCUGCAUCGGCGUCAUGCUGCUGGUGGUGCUGCUCGAGUUCACCCGAAGGCUGGGCAAGGAGUACGACGAGUUCCUGGCACGGCAGUUCCAGCGCCAAGCCGCGGCCGUGGGCUCCGCGCGCCAGACGGCCCGGGACCGGGACCCGGAGGGCCGCGUGGUGCUUCCGAACCCUUGCGCGCCGCCGCCGCCGCCGAUCCCGAGCGAGUACGUGACGUUCCGCGCGACGGCGCUGCAGCAGUUCAUCCGCGCCCUGCUGCACGCCCUGACCUUUGGCCUCGCCUACAUCGUCAUGCUGAUCGCCAUGUACUACAACGUCAUCCUGUUGGUCAUGAUCGUCCUCGGCGCUGGCAUCGGCAAGUUCUUUUGCGACUGGAUGACCAGGACCCUGCUAGUCGAUGGCGUCCCCGGGGUUGAGGUCAGUGCGCCUGGCGCCGCCAAAGAAGGCGCGAGUGCAAAGGGCGUCGAAGAGCCGAGUGUUUGCUGUGGGUGA